AAACCAGCAAAAAAAAAACUAUUUCUCUAUAAGGCAUUACAACAGCAAAAAUUAAAGUAAUUAAAGAAAAAUCUUUAAGUUGCAGAUGGUUAAACUAAAAACCAAAUAAACUUAAACUCCACACUCCAAAUAAUGAGAAAUCCAUAGAAAAGCAAAAGCGAAAACAAACUGUUGCCAGUUGUUCAUGUAAUUUAAAAUAUAAAAUUUAUCUUCAUCAUUGUGCCCGACAUUGGGCGACAAAGCCUUUUCAAAUCAGCUUAUUUUCUUAAAUUCUCAUGUAAAUACCAAAUGAAAUUCUUUUGAAACUUAAAACGUACAAAUGUGUGUGCGUGGCAUGAAGCUUUAUAAAUUGUAACAGCAACAAAAGUAUUCAAUUUAACACACAUUCAAUCUUCAACAGAUACGUACGCUUUAGUUGUGUUGUGUUGUAGUAUAAUAAAAAGCAAUUUGAAUAAAUGUUUUUGUGGUUUUGAUGGCAUGUGGUAAAUGAGACCAGAGCUGAGAAGAUUAUUAUUCCAUGAAAUUUGAUUUUCACUUUGAAUGGACUCAACAGCUUUUAAUAUUCAAAUGCAUAUUUGGAAAUUUCUAUUAAUUGUUACAAAAUUUGUACGUAUUGGUAUUGCCGAUAAAAACGAUUCACCGCCUUAUUUUGAUAAAUUUUUAUACGAGACUGAAAUUGAUGAAAAUGCCGAUUUACAGACAACAGUACUCACAGUUAAUGCCAAAAAUCACAAUGAGUCCUCGAGUAUUCGAUACUCGAUCACAGGCGGUAACAUAGGCAAUGCUUUUGGUGUACAAAAUAAUACUGGAGCUAUAUUCGUAGCAUCACCCCUAGAUUAUGAAACUAGACCAAGGUAUGAAUUACGCUUGGAAGCUUCACGUAGUCGUAAGACAAAUUACACCACCGUUAUAAUAAACGUACGGGAUGUUAAUGAUAAUCCACCGACAUUUGAUCGUCAAACAUAUCGUACACAAAUUACCGAAGAAGAUGAUCGUAAUCUACCUAAACGUAUAUUACAGGUUACUGCCACCGAUGGCGAUGUAGAUAGACCCAUAAAUAUUGUAUAUUUUCUCACCGGUCAGGGUAUUGAUCCUGACAACACAGCUAAUAGUAAAUUUGAUAUAAAUCGCACAACGGGCGAUAUUUUUGUUUUAAAGCCCCUUGAUCGCGAUCAACCGAAUGGCCGACCGCAAUGGCGAUUCACGGUCUUUGCCCAAGAUGAGGGCGGCGAAGGACUCGUCGGCUAUGCCGACAUACAAGUUAAUCUUAAAGAUAUCAACGACAAUACACCACAAUUUCCUCAGGGCGUUUAUUAUGGUAAUGUAACGGAAAAUGGCACAGCCGGUUUGGCUGUGAUGACCAUGUCAGCCGUAGACUAUGAUGAUCCCAAUGAGGGUACACAUGCCAAACUAAUAUAUUCCAUAGAGAAAAAUGUCAUUGAAGAAGAAACGGGAGCACCCAUAUUCGAAAUAGAAUCGGAUACGGGAGUAAUCAAGACAGCAGUUUGUUGUCUGGAUCGUGAACGAACGCCUGACUACUCCAUACAAGUAGUGGCCAUGGAUGGGGGAGGCCUUAAGGGUACAGGCACUGCCUCUAUAAGAGUUAAAGAUUUAAAUGAUAUGCCACCCAUGUUUACCAAAGAUGAAUGGUUUACGGAGGUGGAUGAAACAAAUGGCACUUAUAUACCAGAAUCACCCAUACUCACGGUGACGGUGCAGGAUGAGGAUGAAACGAAUUCAUUUCAAUACAAAGUAGUGCCCAACAGUGGUUUGGGUUCGGACAAAUUUACAAUGGUACGUAAUACUGAUGGUACUGGUUCCUUGAAAAUCAUACAACCUUUGGACUAUGAAGAUCCCAUGCAGAGUAGUGGUUUUCGUUUUCGCAUACAAGUCAACGACAAGGGCGACAAUGAUAGUGACAAAUAUCACUUGGCCUAUUCAUGGGUGGUGGUUAAGCUGCGUGACAUCAAUGAUAACUCACCGCACUUUGAACGCGAUCGCAUAGAGUUGUCGGUGUAUGAAGAUACAAAAGUUGGCACCAUUUUAGAGCAAUUCAAGGCAACGGAUGCCGAUCAGGGUGGCAAGAGUAAGGUCAGCUACAAACUGGUGAGGUCCAGUAAUCGUAAACGUCAAUUUGCUAUUAGCGAUAAGGGUGCGAUAAGCAUACAAAGAUCUUUGGAUCGUGAGACCAAUGAACGACAUCAACUGGAAAUAUUGGCGGUGGAUGAUGGAUUUAUACCGCGCACAGCAACGGCUGUUUUAACUGUCAUCGUUAAGGAUGUCAACGAUAAUGCUCCGGUGUUUAAAGAGGAUUAUCGUCCUGUUUUACCUGAAAAUGUAAGCCCGCGUAAGUUCAUAGAAAUAGCAGCCAAAGAUGCUGAUGACAGAGCAAGAGGGAAUGGAGGACCAUUCACAUUUCGCAUGGAUCCUAUGGCCAGUGAUGUGAUAAGGUCCAGUUUUAAGCUGGAAUAUGAUAGAAGAGCUGAUAAUGGUAAUGGCGCUGCGAUUAUCUCUUCUUUGCGACCCUUCGACCGUGAACAACAAAAAUCCUACCUCAUACCCAUCGAAAUCAAAGACAAUGGCUCACCAGCCAUGACCGGCACUUCAACAUUAACGGUAAUUAUAGGCGAUGUUAAUGAUAAUAAAAUGCUGCCCGGCAGCAAGGAAGUGCUGGUCUACAAUUAUCAGGGCCAGUCACAUGAUACUCCCAUUGGGCGCGUGUAUGUCCACGACCUGGACGACUGGGAUGUGGUCGACAAAAAGUACUAUUGGGAACAGCAAGAGCAGCAACGUUUCAAACUGGACACCGAUACGGGUAUAGUGAGCAUGAAAGCCGGCACUCGUAGAGGUCGCUACAAUCUGCGCUUUAAAGUCUAUGACCGUGAGCAAGGUCAGGUGGAUGUACCCUCGAAUAUGACGGUAAUAGUGCGAGAUAUAACUCAUGAAGCUGUUCAGCAGGCUGGUUCCAUGCGCCUGGUAGGCAUUAGUGAUGAGGAGUUUGUACGCACCUGGGAUUUUAUGCAGCAUAAGCAAGUGCGUUCGAAAUUGGAAAGAUUUCGUGACAAACUGGCCGAAUUACUGUACACCGAGCGUGAUAUGGUUGAUGUGUUUAGCGUGCAAUCGAAAAGAGAGGGUGUUACGGAUGUACAUUUUGCUGCCCGCUCCACUAACCAACAGCCCUACUUCAAGUCCGUUCGAUUGAAUGGUGUGGUGUUAAUGCAACGCGAAGAAAUAGAACGGGAACUGGGUCUCAAUAUCACCAUGGUGGGCAUAGAUGAGUGUCUGCAGGAGCCGGGUAAAUGUGAGGGCUCUUGCACCAAUCGCGUAGAAAUCAAUAGACUUCCUUAUACAGUCAAUGUUAACAAAACUGCCUUGGUAGGCGUUAGGCUAGACAUAACUGCCGAAUGUUAUUGCAAGGCCCGCAAUUACAGCAAAGAAGAUUCAUGCCGCUCUCUACAUUGUUUUAAUGGUGGCCGCUGUGUGGAGACUCGUAAUGGCCCUCGUUGUGUGGCCUGUCCUAUAGGCUACAAUGGCCCCAGAUGUCAACAGACUACCCGCAGUUUUAAAGGCAAUGGCUGGUCUUGGUAUCCGCCUCUGCAACUAUGUGAGGAGUCCCAUUUGAGUUUGGAGUUUAUCACCAAAGAACCAGAUGGCUUAAUCCUAUACAAUGGUCCUAUAGUGCCUCCCAAGGCUGAAGAGUUUGUGCUCACCGACUUUAUAGCCAUAGAACUGGAGCAGGGUUAUCCCCGCUUGCUUAUAGAUUUUGGCUCGGGCACCUUAGAAUUGAGAGUGAAAACCAAAAAGACUUUAGAUGAUGGUGUCUGGCAUCGUCUAGAUGUCUUUUGGAAUACGGAACACAUACGACUAGUGGUGGACUUUUGUCGUUCAGCUGAUAUCUAUGAAAUGGAAGAUGGCUCCAUUCCUGAAUUUGAUGAUAGCUCCUGUCAGGCUCAAGGCAUUAUACCACCCUUUAGUGAAACUCUUAACUUAAACACCCCUUUACAAUUGGGCGGUCUUUAUAGGCAGCAUUUUGAUCAAACACUCUUCCACUGGCAAUAUGCCUUUACCUCUAAAGGAUUUGAUGGCUGCAUAAGAAACGUUGUGCACAAUUCGGAACAUUAUGAUUUAGCAUUUCCCGCCUUGGCACGCAAUAGCUAUCCCGGCUGCCCUCAAACCGAUGAGGUAUGCCUGAAAACCGAUCACACUGCCAGAUGCUGGGAACAAGGCAAUUGUGUGGCCAGUUUAGUGCAGGCCAAAUGCCAUUGUCAGCCCGGCUGGACGGGACCCAUGUGUAACAUACCCACCAUACCUACAACGUUCAAAUCCCAAAGCUAUGUAAAAUUUGCCUUAUCCUUUGAACCCGAUCGUUUCUCCACCCAACUGCAAUUACGCUUUCGUACACGCGAAAUGCAGGGCGAAAUCUUUCGUGUCUCCGACCAACACCAUCGUGAGUACGCCUUGCUGGAACUGCAGCAAGGUCAUCUACAAUUCAGAUUCAAUCUUAACUCUCUGAGGGCUGAGGAACAUCAGCUGGCCCUCACCUCCAUAACGGUGAAUGAUGGCCAGUGGCAUGUGGUGAAAGUGAGUCGUUACGGUUCAGCUGCCCUAAUUGAACUGGAUGGCGGUGAGGGUAGACGUUACAAUGAAACAUUUAAUUAUCAUGGCCAUCAGUGGCUGACGAUUGACAAACAGGAGGGUGUGUAUGCCGGUGGCAAGGCCGAGUAUACAGGCGUUAAGACAUUUGAAGUUUUGGGCGAUUUUCAACGUUCCUGUCUAGAUGAUAUCAGAUUGGAUGGCAAGCACUUGCCAUUGCCACCCUCCAUGAAUGGCACUCAAUGGGGACAAGCAACAAUGGCCAGAAAUUUAGAACGUAACUGUCCUUCAAAUCGUCCAUGUUCGAAUAUAAUCUGUCCGGAUCCAUUUGAUUGUGUGGAUUUGUGGAAUGAAUAUGAAUGCACAUGCAGUGAAGGUCGUGUCAUGUCUGCCGAUACAAAAGGAUGUGUAGAUCGUAAUGAGUGUCUGGAUAUGCCAUGUCUUAAUGGUGCCACUUGUAUAAAUCUAGAGCCACGUUUACGUUAUCGCUGCAUAUGUCCCGAAGGUUAUUGGGGUGAAAACUGUGAAUUGGUGCAGGAGGGUCAAAGACUAAAGUUGAGCAUGGGUGCACUGGGUGCCAUCUUUGUGUGUCUUAUUAUUAUUUUAAUUUUAGCUCUUAUCUUUGUGCUGUACAAUCGUAAACGUAAAACAACAAAUAAAAAACGUAAUGGCCCAGAAAAAGAUGUACGUGAAACAGUGAUUAGUUACGAUGACGAAGGUGGCGGUGAGGAUGAUAUGACAGCAUUUGAUAUUACACCACUGCAAAUACCCAUAGGACAGCCUGGUAACAUGCCACCUGAUAUAGCUGCCUGUAAAGUGCCAAUAAUAUAUCCUGUUGUUACCUUAAUGCCGGGCCAAGAAUUAAAUGUGGGCUUUUUAAUGGAGGAACGUAAAAAGCGCUGCGAUAAAGAUUUGAACGCACCACCCUUUGAUGAUUUAAGAAAUUUCACAUACGAGGGUAGUGGGAGUAUCGCUGAAUCAUUAAGUUCAUUGGCAUCAGGCACUGAUGAUGAGAAUCAAGACUUUAAUUAUUUGGAAACGUGGGGACCACGUUUCAAUGCCUUGGCAGCUUUAUACAUACAAGACAAAACGAAAACAAAAACAACAGCAGCAACAGCUGACGAUUUAACAAAUGAAAAUGGUGUAUUAUAA